AUGAAGAAGCAACUCCUGGCUGAGCUGGGGGCAAAAGACCACAGUCAGACCCUCCUACCAACAUCCUCACCAUUCUCAGGGUGGAUCCAACAGGAGACCAUUCCUAAGAAGUUCAUGAUGCCGCCUAUGGUAACGUAUGACGGAGCUGGGAAUCCGAGGGAGCAUAUUCUUAACUACAAAACAUUCAUGGAGCUCCAAACUCUGUCAGACGCCUUGAUGUGCAAGGUCUUCCCCACAACGCUCACAGGACCAGCGAGAGCCUGGUUCAAUAGUCUAGAGGCGGGAAGUAUUAAGAGCUUUGGGGACCUCGCCAACAUUUUCAUCAACCAGUUCAUAGUGGGGGUUCCGGUUGAGAGGAAGACCAGUUAUUUGGAGACCGUCCGGCAAAGGAAGAAUGAGUCCUUGAUGGAGUAUGUGGCCCGUUUUAAUACAGAAGCCCUGCAGAUCUCGGAGCUAGAUGAAAGCCGGGCUGUGGAGGCCAUCCAGAAGGGGACCAUAUCCCCUGAGUUUUUCGGGUUUCUAUGCAGAAAGCCAUCCAACACCUUGGCCAAACUCAUGAAGAGGGCCGAGAAGUAUAUAAGGCAGGAUGACGCUUUGACAAUAAGCAAGUUUUCCAAGGAGGCUGCAAACAAAGGGAAGGCGACAAAAGAAAGAAGGUCGGAGAGACUAGAGAUGAGACAUAAUAAGGGGCCUGAGGUGUAUAGGCAGCCCUGGGACAGGAGGGAGUAG